GCGAAGUGCCGCGAAGAAGACGACCGUCAGUGUAGCGUUCCACUCGGGGAAAGCGAGAGGACGAAGUAGUUCCUCCACGAUUUGGUAACAAAGCAAGUGAAAUAACCGUCGGCGACAUGACGUCUGCCCCGUGCAAGAGGCUUUAUUCCAGCCUGCCCGUCUGGAUCGUGGAGGAUCACCAUGACGUGGUGUGCCAUAUCUAUCGUGCCAUAGCAUCAAGACACCUCCCACUUCAGAACAUUAAGAUGAUCCAUUUUGACUCUCACCCAGAUCUGCUUAUUCCUGUCAACAUGUCUGCUGACAUCGUCUUUGAAAAGGACAAAUUGCUGAGUGAGCUGAGCAUAGAGAACUGGAUCAUGCCGAUGGUGUAUGCUGGCCAUGUUUCUUUUGUGGCCUGGCUGCACCCAUACUGGGCUCAGCAGAUCAGAGAAGGAGAGCAUAGCAUGAUAGUGGGGAGAGACUCAUCCACCACCACCAUCAGGGUGACCAGUGCCGAUGACUACUUCCUCAGUGAUGGCCUGUAUGUCCCUGAGAACCAGCUGCAAAAAGCCAAACCUCUUACACUGAAUGUUGUCAAAGUUGAUCCGGUUAAACCUUGCAAUCGGACAUAUGCAGAAAGGAAAAUGGAUCUGGAUACGAGAAGGUGUGGAGCCAAGAAGCCCAAGACAGAGUCUCAGGGAUCUGAUGAAGGCAAUCAGCCGCAGCACUUCUCGCAUGCCAUACCUGAAAACGUCAGCUGUAUCACCUGUACCGAUAACAAGGAGCCGCAAGAGGGCAGCACCGGCUCAGAGAGAAGUAGCAACAGACACAAGACAGCAGGAGAGACAAAACAGGCCAGCAAAUCAACAGUCUUGGGGCUUGAUGAUGAUGACGGUGUUUGUGAAAGUGAAGAUGAAGGAUCAACUACUUAUGUCCUGAACAAGUUAUCCUCCGUUGUCCAUGAGAUGGAACCAUACAUCCUAGACAUUGAUCUGGAUUUCUUCUCCUGUAAGAACCCCUUCAAGCAGUUGUACACACAGGAGGAGUAUGUUAUUCUUCAUGAGCUCUACAGCUUCAGAAGACCCAGCUCCAAUGCUAAUGAAGAGGAGCUUGUUGAGUGUGUGGAUCAUCGUGUACAUCAGUUGGAGGACCUGGAGGCAGCAUUUGCUGAUCUGUUAGAGGAUGAUGGAGUGGAGACUGUCACACGCUUGGCCAACAAUCCUAGGCUCGCUUCCCUCGCUAAACUGGUAUCCAGUCUGAAGGCAAGAAACAACUCCCCAGACUAUGAAAUGGUACAUCAGGCUGGGUUAACUUGUGACUACUCCGAGCUGCCCCACCACAUUAGCACUGAUGAGGAAAUAGACAGGUUGGUCGUUGCGGUAGAGCUCAUCCUAAAAGCCCUGCCCAAACCCACACUGGUCACUAUGUCAAGGUCAAGUCUAGAUGAGUACUGCCCAACAGAGCAAGUGGAUUCCAUUCAGAAUAGAGUACUGACUGUGCUUGAGAGCCUGUAUGGAGUGCUGGACGUGCACAAGGACUACGACAGCCCAACCACAGAGACACCAUAGAGCCAAACAUAGAUAUGUUUACCUGUUUGAGUUAUUUUGGAUGCUAUAUAGAUGAAACAUAUUUGAGCACACAUAUGCAAACACUUGCACUUCUAUAAAGUCAUACUCAUUCAUAUAUACAACAAGAACACAUGAUAUUUCCUGGGGUGUCCAGAUAGCAUAGCAGUCUAUUCCGUUGCCUACCAACACGGGGAUCGCCGGGUCGAAUCCCUGUGUUACCUCCGGCUUGGUCGGAUGUCCCUACAGACACAAUUGGCCGUGUCUACACGUGGGAAGCCGGAUGCGGGUGUGUGUCCUGGUCGCUGCACUAGUGCCUCCUCUGUCAGGCGGGGGCAUCUGUUCAGGGAGGAGGGGGAACUGGGGGUAAUAGCGUGAUCUUCACACGCGCAAUGUCCCCCUGGUGAAACUCCUCACUGUCAGGUAAAAAGAAGUGACCGGUGACUCCACAUAUAUGGGAGGAGGCAUGUGGUAGUCUGCAGCCCUCCCCAGAUCGGCAGAGGGGGUGGAGCAGCGACAGCGACCGGGACGGCUCGGAAGAGUGGGGUAAUUGGCCGGGUACAACUGGGGACAAAAAGGGGGGGGGGGGGAGAAUACAUCAUACUUCCCAUUUAACUGUUUGAGAAAUAGAAGAUAUUUUUCUCAUGCGCAGUAAAGAUUUUCAUGUUCUUCUCUUAUGUACUGUGAUGAAAUGAUUUAAUUAACAAGUCGCCGUGUAAAUUCAUUGCUCAAUUCUCAAUUCUUUGUUGAACAUUGUCCUAGGCAUAUUUACAAAUCCCAUACAAAUCCCUGAAGCAAUUAGUUGCCAAACUCGUUUUGUUACUUUUCAUGGCUAAAAAGAGACUGUUAACUGCAAUCCUCCAGAUUACUCCUAUUUGAGACAGCUUGCAAUAAAACAGAACUUGUAAAAUUGAUUAUUUAUGCAUGAUAUAUAAUUUCUUAUGUCAAUGCCCUAACUGGUUCCAAAAAAAAAAAAGCCCAUGUUUUAGUUUGGAUAGGAUUAGAAAUUAUAGCUCAUCCCAAUACAAGUUUUGGAGGUGUGGGCUUGAUUUUGAAGUUUGCUGUGAGGCCAAGGUUCUUUCCAGUGUAUUUUAUGGUAUGUUACAUGUGUAGUUGUCAGGGCAGGAUAUUAGUUUAAGCUAAGUUGUUACAUGUGUAGUUGUCAGGACAGGAUAUUAGUUUAAGCUAAGUUGUUACAUGUGUAGUUGUCAGGGCAGGAUAUUAGUUUAAGCUAAGUUGUUACAUGUGUAGUUGUCAGGGCAGGAUAUUAGUUUAAGCUAAGUUGUUACAUCUGUAGUUGUCAGGGCAGGAUGUUAUUUUAAGCUAAGUUUUAUUCACUUGAUUCCAACAUUAGCAUGUUUUAAUUUAUUUGUCAGUUUGGGUUUUAUCAAUAUUUAUGAAUAUUUGACAUUUGGGUUUAUUGGUUUUGAUGUGUGUUGAUCAAGGUGAUAAACAGCUGUGAUCCCCCCCCACACACACACACACACAGCUCAGGAGUGGCCAACACAGGACAGUGCACUUUUUAAGCAUUGAUUUGAGACAGGUGGGGGGACUGAAGACAGACACCAACGUGGCAGGAGAAGCGUGGAGUUUCACAUACAAUAGAGUUUGGACUGCGGAGUUGAGGCUGCUCCACCGAGGAAGUCUGCUGACAGAAGACAGCCAUACAACCAACACAACUACACACAAAAUACAUUAUCACGCACUAUGUGCACUACUGAAUCAACAUCAACAAGACAGCCGAUUUUCAACAGCAACAACUCACACGCACACCACUGUGCACCAUAGAAGCUUUUGCAGCAUCACCAUCACAUCUUCCUUUAUGUCACUCAGCAACCAGACUGCACACGCACACCACCUGGCACAACAACUAGGAGAGUGCACUCAGAGUGCAGAUCACCGCCAGAUGUAUCUCCGCUUUUCCAGUACUGGACUUGGCAACGAACCACCCCAUUUUUUCGCCUACGGAGAGAAGGGGCCCUAUGUUGUCCUCACUACAGUACAGUGUAGGAACUGCAGUUAUACAACUAGCUAAACUCUUUCUUGCAAAAUGAUGACUUGAGUCGUAGUAAGCAUUACUUGCUGUUUACUGUGGCUCUUUACACCAUCUUACACAGACAGAGUGAAAACUGAAACGAAAACAAUACAAUUACCAUCCUGUUGGUAGCAUGUGUUUUUUCAAAUGUAAAUACAUGUAAAUAAAACCCUUUUAA